UUGUCAUUUUCUUGUCAAGCUGGAGGCUGGAGCACCUUCGAGGUCCCAGCUCAUAACUUAUUUUAUUUCAAAGUAAUCACACGAAAUGGCUGAUACGGCGACUGAAAUUCCUAUAAACAUCGAGGAGGGUGUGAGAGAAGCAGUGAAAAAUGUUACAGACCGGCCACCAUCUAGUAUUGAGGGCGUCGCGAUUGCCUACUUAAGUUUAGUUAUUAUGGCUAUUUUGCCGAUAUUUUUCGGGGCAUUUCGUUCAGUAAAGUACCUUAAGGAACAAAAGGAAUCAGGCGAGCGCGCGGAGACGAUGUCAAACAAGGACGCACUGAUGUUCCCUCUGAUCGCGUCGUGCGCUCUCUUCGCUCUCUACGUGUUCUUCCAGAUCUUCUCCAAGGAGUACAUCAAUCUGCUCCUCACUGGAUACUUCUUCUUCCUUGGAGUGCUGGCUCUGAGCCAUCUGUUGAGCCCAAUCAUCUCGUUCCUGGUACCCGCCUCGGUACCGAACGUACCUUACCACAUCCACUUCACCCGCGGCGAGCGAGACCAGCGGGCUGAUAUAGUCAACUACAAGUUCACCAGCUAUGACGUCAUCUGUGUGUGCAUCUCGCUGUGUCUGGGAGCCUGGUAUCUUUUCAAGAAACAUUGGAUUGCAAACAACCUCUUCGGCAUCGCCUUCGCCAUCAACGGAGUAGAGCUGCUCCAUCUCAACAAUGUUGUCACCGGUUGCAUUCUGCUCUGCGGACUGUUCCUGUACGACAUCUUUUGGGUGUUCGGGACCAAUGUCAUGGUCACCGUAGCCAAGUCCUUCGAGGCACCUAUUAAACUGGUAUUCCCCCAAGACCUGCUAGUGAACGGGCUGAACGCGUCCAACUUCGCCAUGCUCGGUCUCGGCGACAUAGUGGUCCCGGGCAUCUUCAUCGCCCUCCUGCUCCGCUUCGACAAGAGCCUCAAGCGCGGCUCGGAGUUCUACUUCCGCGCCACGUUCUCGGCGUACAUCCUGGGCUUGUUGGCGACGAUCCUGGUGAUGCACGUGUUCAAGCACGCCCAGCCCGCGCUGCUGUACCUGGUCCCGGCGUGCUUGGGCACGCCGCUCGCGCUGGCGCUGCUGCGCGGCGAUAUACAUGCGCUGUUCAACUAUGAAGACCAGCCAGCCCUCGUAGAGGAAGAUACCAAGGCUAAGAAGACUGAGUAAGAAGCACAAACCAUGACGCAAGCGCACAGCCAGUACCAGGCCUCAUACAAGCUCACAGUAGCAUCUGACACAGCCACAUACAGAAUAGGGUACUUGUGUGCAAAAUAUUAGCAAAAUCAAUGCACAAAGUUAAAUGCAACUAGCGGAUCGGAGUCAUAGUCGAUCAUUGUAAUUAUAACGUUAACUUUCCAGACUAACAUUUGAAAAUUAAGCCCAUAUUACUUGGCUGACAGCCAAGAUUCCGACAGUCCAAGGUCACUCGGUCGGUUCGCAACACAAUUUGGUGGCAAAUCAUCUUACAACGGUCGGAGACUAUCAAGGUCACAGUGGUCUGAAGCCUCGUUGCCGACCGUGUGCUAAGCGCUUUAUCCUAGUACUUUAUGAAUCUUUUAAUUUUGUCAUUUGUGGUAUUGCCACAUAAAAAAAUAUGAAACAUGUGACAUUAUGGUCAUGUUAACACAUGCUUUUGAUUCAAAUCAUUGACAGCCGAGCUAGCACAUGAUUGGCGCAACAGUAUCUCGCUCGCGACAGAUUACCCGUCCCUCUUUAAUUAAUACAAUUAGAAAAAGACGGAUUGUGUAUGUCGCAGGCGAGAUACUGUCGCGCCAAUCAUGUGCUAGGCCUACAGGUCACAUUAAAUAGUAUGUGAGCGCAUAUUUUAUAACCUAACUACAUCUUGUUUGACUGUUGUGAUUUAUGAAAUAAAACUAUGAAAUCGGAUUAUAUCGCGUAUAUUGCUGUAAAGGAUUCGAAACGUCGGGAUGUAUUAUAAAUUCAAUAUACGCGAUAUAAUCCGAUUUCAUAGUUUUAUUUCAUGAGUAACUAUCGCGGUAACCGAAGACAAUAUUUUGUUGUGAUUUUUUAAUUGGAAACUCGUUCUAUGUGAAGACUUGUUAAAAAUAGAAUUUUGAAAUACCUAAUAUAGGUUUAAGUCUUCCUUAACUCUUCUAAAUUGGACCUUAACACACUUAACACGGUAUAUAAUUGAAAUGUUUAGGCUUGUAUGAAGUUAAAAUGGCUACUGUGACAUAGUACUGCCUCUCUUAACCUCCUAAGACCCCGCAUACAAAUGUUUGUACAUAUUCCAAAAUCUAUUUUGAACUUUUGUUGAGUAACUAAGGGUUCCAAAUUCAAAAACAAACAAAAUGCUUCUGGGUCUCAGGAGGACAAGUUAUGUAUGAAUCAAUGGCUUUUGGCCACAAAUUUGUAAAAUAUUGCAUUUGAUGAUUUUGAUGAAACCGGGUUUAAAACCUGGCCAAAAUGUGUGACAUUUAGUAUAACAUAAGCCCGUCCUAAAACGAAUUACAGUUUAAAAUCGUCUAAUGUCUAAGUAAAAUUAGCCCAUUUGCCGAUAAUACUGAGUAUAAAAUUAAAGUCCUGUUACUAUUGUAAAGAUCACUAACGGCAUUUUUUUUUUGCCACACACCAGUGAACGGGCUUUAUACAUUUAAUUUGAUACAUAAAAGCGCUGUUCUGUAACUGAAAACUUCAAAAUUGACAGCGAUACGGGAUUUGCCCAAUAGUGGGACGAGGCUGGUCAUCUUCCGCAUAAUAUCUUCCAUUGGGAGCAUAUACUGUAAGGCUAAGGAAAUAUAGCCCUCGCUAUAUGCAUAACUUACUUAUAGGUUGUAAUAAAUAUAACUUGGCGUUUCCCUGCUGUGUACACUUUUCUAUUAUCCUUGAUUUAUAAGCUGUUUAUAUACGUCUUAUUAAUAUCAAAUAGUUUUAUCUCUUUCUUUAUGUUAGGUGUAAAGAAGAGACAAAACAUGGGUUAAUAACGACUUCUUUGUUAUCGAAAUUUGAUAUUUUUUUCGUGUUGUUUACAUGUGCAAAUGCAAUUAGAUUUAUAAGUUUAUUUUUGUUACGAAUCUAGUUUUCAAAUGAUAAUAUAUAUUAUUUUUGUAUUUUGUGAGUUACCAAUAGUCACAAUCUUAUGUUUCUUUUGAAAUGUAUUCUUCGCACUGGCAACCCUGAGGGUGCGUUUUCGAGAAAAAAAAACACGCGGCGAAUCAAUGCUGCCAACAUUCCGGGAAGUUUCGUUUAACGCACGACUAGCAUAAUGUAUAGUUUGACUGUAAGGACGUACUUACACAGUAUAUAAUAUGAUAAAUGUGAAUAUUUUUGGCCUUUUUAUGGACUAUAAAAAUUUCAAAUGGAUGUAAGCGUGAGGUGACGGAUCGCCGAAUGAUGAAAUGUAAUAAAAUACGUCAAUAUA